UUAUACUUUAUAUAGUGGAACAGUAUAAAGUGAUUUAUGUUUGUACAGUUUCAUCUUAUUUUACAUCUUAGCACAUUUAAGGCAUUUCUGGUGUUUAAACACUUUUCGGUGUAAUUCUAUCUUUCGGAUCAUAGAAAAUUUUUCACCACUAGGUGUCGCACGCAAAAUUGUUAUCUGAAAAUUGUUUCACUCUAUUUUAUAUUUUAUUUAUUGCUCGUCAACAGUUAUUCUCAAUAAUUAUUUAUUUGGGGAAGCUUAUUUAAUCUACCACGUAGUCGCAAAUAGCUUCUGGUUAAAAAGCAGUUAGUUUUCUCGGCGACACUGUCACAGCAUCAACGACGAGCGUGAGUGACCUACUUAGGACAGCGUGGAUAGCGUGGAUUAUAUACACUCAAUUUGACAAAACAGUGAAUGAGUGAUAGUUGUGUGGGACAUUUAUUUCAUGCAAAGAUUUGAUUUGGUAUAACUAACAUUAAAAGAUUUGCCAUAGAUAAACAUUACAUUUCAGAAUGCCCAAAGUCGCACCAAACAAAGCCAAAUCUGGCAAGAAGCAGAAGAAAAAUGGUAGCAGCAAGUUGGCACAACUCAUCGCCACUGCCAUCAGCAAGGAUGAGGAAGUGCUCAAGGAAAUUGUGGAUUUACUGCCUACCACGGAUAAAGAUGACGGUACGGCCAAUUAUGAAAUUGAACCAGACCAGGAUGUCCAAUCCAUGUCCACUAACCAUGACCAAAUGGACACUAGUGAGGAUGGUGUUAGUUUAAGCACCAUAGAUUCUGGACCUGUUCCCCUCGAUUUAAGUAACAACUCGGUGGAUCUAGGAUCUUUUAGUCUAGUCCAUCCGCCUAUAGACUCAAAACUAAGGCAGCAGAUAUGGAAUCGGGAAUUUUGUAGAUCUGGGGGUUCUUUAUUUUAGAGAAAAAAAACAUAUCAAAAACCCACCACUAUCCAGGAAUCUGGAAAUAGAACGGUCACCUCUAUUCAGGAGGGGUCCAAGAAACAAAUAAGCACUAUACUAACUUGGUCUAGAGCCUUUCAACAAUACGCCGAUGUGUAUUGUUGCAAGUACCCUUUGGAGAGUAGCCAACUCUUCCAAUAUAUGUCUAUUAUUCAAAAAAUGGCCCAAUCUACUGAUUAACUGGUUGCUGUACGACACUAAGUUUAGGCAGCUAAGGGCAACCAACCCUCAACCAUGGGGGAUAAUCCAUACUGAAACAUUCCUUUUUUGCUCAAUUGACAAGCCAGCCAAU